UUAUCUGUUMAUUUAUCCCAAGACCAAUGCAGUGUGAUCAUUGUAAAGUUGUUGGUCAUGUUUCAAGUGUUUGUAGAAAGGAGAUGUCCAAGUUGUGGAAAAUAUCAUGUAAUGUGUUUUAAAAGUGAGGAAAAUGUGACAUUUUGCAAUUGUGGUGGGAACCAUGAAGCUACGUGUUUUGAUUCCCCAACAUGGGUGAAAAAGAAUGAGGUGGCCAAAGUCAGGGCUAUCCAGAGCAUAUCAUAUGCAGCAGCUGUUAAAGGGUUGGKGGUUUGAAUGGUGCACUUGACUAGUCCAUGGUGGUGGAUAGGCCUUCACUGCAGGCUGCAGGGGUUGCCUUUCACCAGCAGGAUCGUGACAUUUUAAAGGUUAGGAAGGUGGACUUGGUGGCCUUUAUAGCUAUGGUGAUUAAAGGGCACUGCCAAGGUGGAGAGAAGGUCCAGGAAGAUAGAAAUCAUUGUGGAAGCGGUUCCUGGGGCUGAAAGAUUUUUCGCGACGGAGUUACAUGGAAUAUUGUCACAAGCCUUAUCACCCUCUUGAGAAGGGAGAUAUGGACACUUGGAAAAAGUGGGAGUUUUAUUUUGUCGGAUUAUUUUAGUUUUCCURUCACCUAUGGAUUUUCUUUUUACCUUGUUUUGGUUUCAACCCGUCCAGAUGGUGGCGGAAAUACACCUUUUUGGGUUGUAGUCCGCCAUAAAACCCACAGAAGAAACAUCGUUUGUGCUCCUUGCAGACUACUAGUGAAGAAGAGAACGUUUGUUUACAGAAGUAGCUAGCUCGGAAAUGCUAGCUGUCUUUAAGUCUCCUGAGGUGGUGAAUUGAAGCCAUAGGAUAACCGACACGAUGGGGGSCGAGCAAAGUGGUGAUUCUGAGCACAAGCACUCUGACUACAGCACCUCGGUGGUGCCCUCACCAGCAAAGCAGAAGGCUAAAAUGGAUGACAUUGUGGUGGUGGCCCAGGGGACACAGUCAUUGCGCAACAUCCACAAUGACCCUGAUGUCAUCAAGCUUCAGGAAAUCCCAACUUUUCAGCCAUUGUUGAAAGGUGUGCUGAGUGGCCAGACAUCCCCCAGCARUGUGUGUCUGGAGCGGCUGGACUAUGCCCAGGUGCUGCAGCUCUGCAUCCGCUAYCAGGACCACCUACGCCAGUGUUCUGAGGCCGUGGCCUUCGACCAGAACGCCCUGGUCAAGAGGAUCAAAGAGAUGGACCUAUCGGUGGAGACUUUGUUCAGCAUCAUGCAGGACCGCCAGAAGCGCUACGCCAAGUACGCUGAGCAGAUCCAGAAGGUGAACGAGAUGUCCAUGAUCUUGCGGCGUAUCCAGAUGGGCAUCGACCAGACCAUCCCUCUGAUGGAGAGGCUCAACAACCUGCUGCCGGAGAGCGAACGCCUGGAGCCCUUCGGCAUGAGGCCGGAGGGGGACGCUGCAGCCAAGUAGUAGUAGCAGCAGCAGCAUUGCCUGGGUACGCUGAUACACACUGUCAUGGACCUCUAGUCUUACCUCCCAUGCCCCUGCCAACCACCACUCCAGAGAGACUUCUGAAAGCUCUUUAUUGAAUCAUUUAGAGAAAGAGGGAGGGAGGGAGCGAGMAAAAGAAAGAGAACGCUGCCCCACCAGCUCCCCAAGCCAUCCUGAACUCUUCACGUCCACAAUUCACCAUCCCACCAGGCCUGGACAUUUAGCUCAGCCCCUCACCAUAAGCCAUACACACGUCCCACCAAAUCCAGCAGAAGCAGUGGGGUACAGGGACAGCUGCACCCCACACUGGGGUUUACAUGUCAGUGAGUGUUAACCAUCUUCAGUCAAGGAUCUGGAAGACUGCAAAACAGAAGUUGACUUGAUGAUGCACUGAAGGGAAACUUCUUGGAUUACUGGUACUUUGAGGACACCACACGAAGUGUGGCGACAAAAUGACUUCCAAAAAUGACUUCAUCUCUAGAAGUAAUAUUGGUCAAAGAUGAGCUCAGAAGACUCCCAUAAAAGAAGCUAACUUAUUAGCUUAUUAGCCAAUAAGCUUUAGCUUAUUAUUCAGCUCUGGCAACUGACCUAUAGAUUCUGUGUUGCACUGUGCAGCAUGUGAGAAACCUAGUAGUCUCAAAUGUGGCAUAUUGUGCAAAUUAGGCCUACACAUAGCUACAGCUUUGUGGAAGAUCAUUUAUGGAUAUCACUUCAAASCAUCGAUAGUAAUCUGCGUGAAUUUUGUGAAAGUUAUGUGUGUUGGGUGCUUGAAUAUUUUGGUUUCUCUGUGAGUUUCAAAUGAUUUACCUAACAAAGGCGUUUUAUUUGGGAAAGAAAUAAACAAAUUAGGAAUUUGAA